AGUCAUAUUCCGUGUCUUUUGUUGUUUGGUUGUGUCAAUGGUAUUUUGUAUUAUUUUUAGUGUAAAAAAAUAUCUGUGUUAUUUGUGUUUAUUAUCUCAUGUAGAUAGGUGCUAACGACAUCAACAUGCCGGUGUUCCAUACGAAGAUCAUCGAAAGUAUACUGGAGCCUGUUGCUCAACAGGUGUCCCGGCUGGUGAUCCUUCAUGAGGAAGCUGAAGAUGGCAACGCAAUGCCGGACCUGGCGCGGCCCGUACAGGCCGUGUCGCUGGCCGUCAAUAACCUCGUCAAGCUCAUGAGCCUCAAUUGGAAGAAGCUGAUUGAAGGUUCCCGUGGUAUCCUGCAAGGAACUUCUGCGUUACUUCUCUGUUUUGACGAAUCGGAAGUUAGAAAAAUUGUGAAGGAAUGUAAAAAGGUGCUAGAUUAUCUGGGAGUGGCGGAGGUCAUUGAUACUAUGGAGGAUCUGGUGCAAUUCUUGAGAGAUAUCUCGCCCGCUCUCUCGCGCGCUGCUAGAGAGGUGGCAGCGCGCGCCGCGGAGUUAACCCACCCGCCGCACGCGGACACCCUGACGCGCUGCCUCGAGAGCGUCAAGCAGCUGGCGCCCGUGCUCAUCUGCUCCAUGAAGAUAUACAUACACAUACUCACUGAAGUAUUUGAAAAGCUCUACUCGUGUGUUUAUUUGUUGGAAAUAGGUGGGAAAGGUAUAGAGGAAGCAGGCGAAAAUAGAAACUAUUUGGCGCAAAAAAUGGCGGACGAAAUUCAUGAGAUCAUUCGCGUUCUUCAAUUGACGUCCUACGUGGAGGACGGCGGUGAAAAGGACAACAUAGCCGUGCUCAAAGCACUUCAGGCGCAGAUACACUCGAAAAUGGGAGCCGCCCACGAGUUUCUUAAUGUGAGUAGAGGAAACUUCGUCGCUCCGCUAGAAAAAGAAAAAUGUGAAGAAGUCAAAGAUAAUAGGGGUCAUCAUGCUAACAGACCACGAAAAAUGAGUGUUUCAACUGAACAAAAUAUAAUCGCACACAUAAAUCUAUUCCCGGUGAAAGAAUCACAUUAUGUGCGCAAAGAUACUAAAAAGUUAUACUUAGACGACACGUUAAAUAUUUCUAAAAUGUACCGGCUAUAUAUAGAAUGGUUUGAGAAAGAAAAUUAUUCGAACGAUAUUAAGAUCGCUACAAAACGACAGUAUGAAACAAUUUUCAACACAAAAUUCAAUUAUUCAUUUCAUAAACCAAAAAAAGACAUUUGCGGGCAAUGUACUUUAUAUCAUCAAGCUGAUGAUGAAAGAAAGGAACAACUCAAAGAGUCUUAUACAAAGCACAUAAGAAAUAAAGAACGUGUUCGUGAACUUAAAACUAAAGAUAAAGAAGAAGGAAAUCCUACGGAUACUGUCGUCGCUAUUUAUGACCUGGAAAAAGUUUUGACGAUCCCUCAAUCAGAGAUCCUCAAGAUGGAGGGGCAAAAAACUCCAAUAACUGAUGUUUUAGGGAAUGAAUUGACUUAUCUUUACAGAGAGCCAAUUGCCUUACCAAAACCUCUUUAUGAUGAUUUGAUGAGUCUCUGCAAAGUUGAAGCGAUCCCGAAACAUUAUCACAUAUUUUAUAAUAAUUUACAGUUAGUUUGA